AUGAUGGAUAUCCAGGAUUUUUUGGCUCUUGAAGCCGACUGUGACACCAAGGACCAAGUUGACCUGCGCGCCCUUGAUUUUGUUACCAACUACGACUCCCACCUGAUGUGCCCAAUCUGCCACUGCCCUUUCGUCCAGCCGGUCCGCCUACAAUGCGAUCACGUUUUCUGCGAGAAAUGUCUGCGAUCGGCCAUCACCACCUUCCGCUCGGCCGAGUCAGACGAGUUCCCGUGUCCCUCAUGCCGAACCCCCACCAGCCACGUCUCGACGAGUGUACCCCGCCUGUUGAUCAACAUGUGCGAUGAAAUUCAAGUGCGCUGUCCACUUGUCGCAGAGGGCUGUCAGGAACUCAUUCCAAGGGGCCACAUCCAAGCGCAUGUGGACAAAUACUGUGGUUAUCGGUUGAUGCCAUGCCCGGAUGCAUCGUGCGAUAAGAAGACACGGAGAAGGGAUCUGCAGGCGGAAAAUCGGUGCAGACAUAGCUACUAUCGGUGCUUGAGAUGCGAAGAAGAUGUUAUGGAGCAAGACUACGAGGAACACGACAAGGAGCUAUGCCCUAGCCUUGAAAAACUUUGUGUCGACUGUGGAAGUACUGUUCUACAAAGUGCACUUAAACAUCAUAUCGAGACAUGCGCCGAGGUUGUUAGCCCUUGCGCUGCAUCGAAAUAUGGAUGUCCGGUCAAUAUUCGGCGAGCAGAAAUUACAACGCAUGAGCAGCAAUGCCCACUUGUCGCGAUAGGUCCAUACUUCGAGGCACAAAAUAUUCGAUUGAAUUCUCUUGAGCUGACGAUGCGACACCUCCAACAAAGGAACGAGAUUUUCGAGGACGGCAUGGCUAAUAUUCGAGCAACCUUGGUUGACUCCUCACGCCUUGGUGAUGGUAAUAGCACAAGGUCCGCCAACGACGCAGAGGAAUUGCCCGACCGGUCUUCCAAUGUCUUCUCGUCUAACGCCACCACAUAUCUUCUUUCUCUCCAUGAAUCUCUGCGGGAGGAAGUCAGCCAGAUGUCCCAUGCCCUUACGGACCUUGAUGCCCGAGCCAGCAUGACCAUUAUGAACGAGUGUCUUCGGAUUAAGGAGGAUAUGGCACAUACAAACGCCGCCGUGAAUAGUAUUCGCAUGCAGGUCCAGUGGCUUAUGAACCCACGGCUCCACAACGGUACAAGGGCAGGGGGCGCGCGUCCCAAUGCGAGCACCGGGAACGAAGCUCGGUCUCAGCUAGCGUCCGCACCUGGUCCUGGCAAUGUUGCUGGUCCCUCUGUAGGUCCACUCCGACCUAGACGACCCAGCGACACUGGGCGCGAGGGAACCAAACUGUGA